UGUUGAUGGUAAACCUAAAGAAUACGUUUCACCAGAAUAUUAUGUUAAUUAUUUAGAAAUAUUUAGAGGACAACAUCAUGCGAUGCUAAAAGAUUUAAUUUAUAGAGCAGAUAGAGCAGUAGGAAAUAAUUCUGUUUAUUCGGUAACUUUAAAACCACAACUAGCACCAUCAAAAAAUCCACAUGAUUAUUUAUCAUUAGCAAGAUAUUUUUGGCCUAAUCCAGAAACAAAAAAUGGCUUUCCUUAUGUGAAAAAAGAUGGAUUUGCAAAUCCAGAAAUCUUUCUUGUUAAAGACUAUCAAUACUUGAGAGCUUUGUUUCAUGAUAUUCAAUAUCUGGGAUUUGCUUAUUUUUUCACAAAGAAUGAAACUUAUGUCGAGAAAACUCUGUAUAGAUUGGAUGAAUGGUUUUUAAACGAUACAACUAGAAUGAAUCCUAAUAUAAAUUAUGGUAGUUUAAUUAAGGGCUCUCGAUUAGGAAGAAGAACCGGUGUAUUAGAUUUUCAUCCUGUUUAUAGAAUGAUACAGUCGAUAUAUUUAAUGAGAUCAUCAAGAAUUUGGAAUUUUGAAAUUGAGAAUGGUGUUAAGAAAUGGUUAACAAAAUACUAUGAUUGGUUAGAAAAUAAUCUAAUGGGAAUAGAAGAGAAAGAAGCACCCAAUAAUCAUGGUACAUAUUAUGACGUACAGGCAACUUACAUUCUACAAUAUCUGGAUAGAAUAGAUGAAGCUAGAAUUUAUUCAAAACAAGCAUUAAUAAAUCGUAUCGAGACUGCUAUAUUACCAUCAGGUCGACAACCUCACGAAACAAAAAGGCCGACCAGUUGGUUUUACUCUAUAUUUAAUCUAAAUGCUUUAUUCUUAUUGGCCGAAAGAGCGAACUAUUUUGGAUUUGAUGGAUGGCGGUAUAAAAGCAAGAAAGGUCAAAGUAUCAAGAAAGCCGUCGAUUAUUUAUUGCCUUUUGCUUUGAAUGAUGGUCAUGAUUGGCCGUUUAGAAAUAUUGGAGAGUUCAAGUAUAAUGAUUUUGUUAAAAUAUUAGAAUUAAGUUAUAUAAUUUAUGGAGAUAACAAAUAUCUAGAUGCUUUAAUAUUAUUAAGACCUAAAGCUAAAUUGGAACAAGCUUCACGUAAUAGUGGUGCAACUUGGGAAGAUAAUUAUUUAUGUAAUUGGAGUCUUAUGACAAAUAGUCAAUUAUGGACCUGUUUAGAAUAA